AGAGAAAGAGAAAUGGAUGCUUGGUAUCAUCAUCCGCCGCCGCCGCCGCCGCCUCCGUUCCCAGCCUGGGGCACCUCCGGGCACUGGCCGCCGGGGCCCCCCGGGCCCCCCGGGCCCUGGCACUGGGCCUCGCCCCAGGCUCCACCGCCACACUCAGGCAGGCAUCCUCAUUUUGGUGAAGACUGGCAGGUGAAACAAACUGGACUGCCACAAGCUGGAGCCUGUCAAGGCAGGAAGCACAAACAGAAGAACAAGAAGAGAAAGGAACCUGUUUUUACCCACUAUUGUGAUACAUGCGACCGUGGCUUUAAAAACAAGGAGAAAUAUGAGGAACAUAUCGCUCAGCACAAGCAGUGUACUGAAGAUGGCUGUAACUUUAGAGCACAUGAGAAGCUGGUUCAGAUUCAUUGGAGAAAUAUGCAUUCUCCUGGUAUCAAGCGGAUCAAAUUAGAUACCCCAGAUGAAAUUGCAAGAUGGAGAGAAGAGAGGAAAAAAAAUUUCCCGACUUUGGCAAAUAUCGAAAAGAAGAAAGCAUUAAAGGUGGAAAAAGAGAGUCGAGGAGAAGUGCUGACCACUUUACAAUUUGGCAAGAUGAAGGGAAUGUGGAAACCUCCGAACGAAGGUUCUAGGCAGCAGGGAAAUGCACAGCGGAGAACAAAUCGGCGCUGGAAUAAAUCUAGGAAUGUUGCUAAUAAGAAAGGUGCCCCACUCAGCCCUUCGACUGGGACCAGUUCCGACAACCAUGAAGCUGAGGAGAAGGUCAGCAGAGAACCUUGCGUAGCUGCAGAAGGCUCCAUGACUGAUAAAGAUCCCCUGAGCAUUCUGGCCAGCAGUGAUCCUG